AUCCAAAGUCUGCACGACCUCCUCCAAGCGCGACGCGUUCUUUGAAUCCAUCUCAUCAUGUCGGCAUCGACGUCGUCUGCUCCAGUUGCGCACAAUGCGCUGCCGCCACCUUCAACGACGUCUGCAGCCCGCUCAUCACGCAUCGCGCCACACUCGCACAUCAAGGGACUUGGGCUCACCCCGGAGGGGACGGCUAGUGGAGAUGCGGCCGGAUUCAUUGGACAGUCCAAUGCACGAGAGGCAUGUGGCGUCGUAGUAGACCUCGUCAAGUCACGCAGGUUUUCUGGACGUGCCUUGCUGCUCGCCGGAGCACCUGGUACAGGAAAGACCGCGCUCGCUUUGGCUAUCUGCCAGGAGCUGGGUGCGAAGGUGCCGUUCUGUCCCAUGGUCGGGUCGGAGGUGUAUUCUACGGAAGUGAAGAAGACGGAGGUCCUUGCCGAGGCCUUCCGCCGUGCCAUCGGCCUGCGGAUAAAGGAGACAAAAGAAGUAUACGAGGGCGAGGUUACCGAACUCACCCCCACGGAGUCCGAGAACCCUCUGAGCGGGUACGGAAAGACCGUCUCUCAUGUCAUCGUUGGGCUCAAGACAGUCAAGGGCACAAAGCAGCUCCGACUGGACCCGAGCAUAUAUGAGGCCAUCUUGAAGGAAAAGAUAGUUGUCGGAGACGUCGUCUAUGUCGAGGCUAACACGGGUGCAGUGAAGCGAGUAGGGCGUUCAGACGCGUACGCGUCUUCAUACGACCUCGAGUCCGAGACGUAUGUCCCGUUACCGAAGGGCGACGUCCACAAACGGAAAGAGCUCGUACAGGAUGUAACUCUCGGCGACUUGGACGCAGCCAAUGCGCGGCCUCAAGGCGGCCAAGACAUCAUGAGCGUUAUGGGCAGCCUCGUGAAGAGUGGCCGCACGGAGGUGACAGAGAAGCUUCGGAAGGAGGUCAACAAGGUCGUAAAGAGCUACGUGGACCAAGGCGUGGCAGAAGUCGUCCCCGGUGUCGUCUUUAUCGAUGAGGUUCAUAUGCUCGACAUCGAAUGCUUCACUUACCUCAACGCCUUGCUUGAGUCACCCAUGGCACCAACAGUCAUUCUCGCAACAAACCGAGGGCACUCCCUAGUGCGCGGAACCACGGACAUCGUCGCUCCCCAUGGAAUUCCCGUUGAUCUCCUCGAUCGUUGUCUCAUUGUCAAGACAGAGCGCUAUUCGAAGCCCGACAUCGCAAAGGUAGUUCAAUUGCGUGCUAGUGUCGAAGGCCUGCAAGUCGGCCCCGGUGUGGUCGAAAAGCUGGCGGAGCGUGGCGAAUCAAGCUCCCUUCGAUACGCGCUGCAGCUGCUCACGCCAGCGUCCAUCCUCGCCAUACUCGCUGGCCGAAAACAAAUAGAGCUGGAAGACAUCAGCGAGAUGGGCGAGCUUUUCCUGGACGCGAAGACGAGCGCGGAGGCAAUCGGUCCGCAAGGCGGCUUCGACGCUGACAAAACCGUCUAAUCGCGCCAAUCUAUUACUGUGCUUCGUCCGUUCUGUAUUUCUUGGCUUGGGUGCGUACGUACCGAUGGUGGUGCCGAUCCGAGUGCCAUGGUCACUGACGGAAUUUCGACAGUGCUGGCGCAGGCAGGGCUGGGGACGGCCACGAAAAUGAAUUGCGGACCUUGUGCGAUGGCCCGUAGUGUUUGUACUGAUAUUCGAUGUAUUAGAUCCUCGGGGCCUGCAACGUGACUCUGUAUUGAAUUGCAUUGAACGGCCUGGUCGGAUAUGACCUUCGCAGACGUCGCCUUGGGUGUCCGUUGCUGUGAUCAGCCAGCUCUAUUUACAUGCCUUAUU